GCAUCACCCUUGAUUGUACCAAUCCUUAUCUGCAAUUUCAUCGUGAUUUCCGGAAAAGACAAGGGUAUAACAGCCAUUUUCGCCACAGAAAAUUCUCAUCCUCUUGUUGUUGUUGUUGUUCUUCUUCUUCUUCUUCCCAAUCUCUUCGGAAUCGUCAAUUUUCACAGUAUUUCCAUUAAUGGGCGACGAAAAUUCCAAUUCUGCCCCUGGACCCCACCACAACGACCGUAUCAAGCUCAACGUUGGUGGCAAGCUCUUCGAAACCACACUCUCAACCAUACAGUCCGGUGGCUCCGAUUCACUCUUAGCCGCCUUAUCGAACCGGACCACUGACGACCCGAACCCGAGCCCGGUUUUCAUAGACCGUGACCCGGAGAUAUUCUCUGUCCUCCUCUCUCUCCUCCGAUCGAAUCGCCUCCCCUCCACGUCUCGCCGAUUCUCCAAACAAGAGCUCGCCGAUGAAGCUCUCUACUACGGCAUCGAAUCGCAUCUCAAGUCGGCGAUGUCUCCUCCUCCUUUCGCCGGAAUCGACGCCUCCGUCGUCUCCACCAUCCGUCCUGCCUCCGAAGGACUUCCCUCGGCGUUCACAGCCGCCGCCGGCGAUGGAUCGAUCUGGAUCGCUCAUGGCGGUCAGAUCUCGAGCUACGAUUGGAAUCUCUACCACACCGCGACGAUUCGGACUCACUUGGAAUAUAUCACCUCGAUCUGCAGAGUUUGGCCGGAGAUCGCAGUUUUAGGAUCACAAUCCGCCGCCGGACUUCACUUCUACAAUUUCUCCGGCGGCCGCCACGUCGGCACCACGCAGUGGACCGACCCGACCGACACGCGUAUCUACAAAGCGCGAGUCACAGCAAUCGCCGACUCAGAGAAUUCGAUAUUCGCCUCUUUCGAUUGCCCGCACAAAGAGAAUUGCGUGCUCGUGAUCGACAAAUCGACGCUCCAGAUCGCGUCGGAGCUCGGCCGCCGGUCCGGAAACUCCGCAAAACACAUCGUCCCCGGAAAGCUGACGUGGAUCCCGGAGAAAAACCUUCUAGUCGGAACCGCCGUCACUGGCGGCGCUUUCGGCUACUCAGGGUACAUCAGAUUGUGGGACGCGAGGUCUGGCGAUGUGGUUUGGGAAACGAGCGAGCCAGGUUCGGGUCGCAGCAGUAGGUACGGAGACUCGUUCGCUGACGUGGCGGUUGACACGGACGAGUCAACUCUGUACAAAAUAUGUUCGAAAUCGGGUGAUUUGGGAAUGGCAGAUGUUCGUAAAUUAGGGGACGAUCCGUGGGUAUAUUUGAAAGAUAGGAACCCAAGUAUGAGAAACACAACAAGUGGAGGAGGUGGGGGCAAUAGCGUAAUUCAGUGUUAUAAGAAGCAAGUGUUUGUGGGAAGAGGUGGGGGUUUAGAGGUUUGGUCAAGAGUGGAAGGAAGAGAAAAUGGAGUGGAAAAUGAGAGUGAAGAGGGUUUUUUACAUAGGAGGAAUUUUGUGGACAAAGUUGAGGAUUGUGAGAGAGGGAUUAUUACAAGAAUUGAAGGUGGUGGGGAUAGGUUGUUUGUUAGUAGAGAAAAUGUUGAGGGUAUUGAGGUUUGGGAAAGUUCUCAUUCUUCCGGUACUGUUUCAGCUUUGUGACAAUUGGGUUUUGUGUAUAAUUUUUUUGGGUAAAUGGGGAAUUGGAUCUCAAAGAGGCUCUCUUUUCUCUCUGUGCAUCGUAUAAUUUGUAAUGUAAUUUGAUUUAAGCUUUUGAAUGACUAUGAUUGUGUCCUCAGUCUAUGGUUGAUCCA